GACCUGACGGCAAGCAGCACGCUGUCGCGGCAUUUUACGACGUCAGCGGUGACAGGCCCCGGGGCCUUGGGAACAUUCAGCUUCCUCCCUGCAUCCCGGUGAAAGCCAACGCGAUGUUCGGUGCUGGGGACGAGGACGACACCGACUUCCUCUCGCCCAGCGGCGGUGCCAGAUUGGCCUCUCUUUUUGGAUUGGAUCAGGCAGCUGCUGGCCAUGGAAACGAAUUCUUCCAGUACACAGCCCCAAAGCAGCCUAAGAAAAGCCAGGGAACAGCAGCAACAGGAAAUCAGGCAACACCAAAAACAGCACCAACCACCGGGGGCACUUCUACAGUACUGCAUGCAACAGCAGUCCAUGCGUAUCGAUACACAAAUGGUCAAUAUGUAAAGCAGGGCAAAUUUGGUGCUGCAGUCCUGGGGAACCACACAGCCAGAGAGUAUAGGAUUCUUCUUUAUAUCAGUCAGCAACAGCCAGUCACUGUUGCUAGGAUUCAUCCGAACUUUGAGCUAAUGGUUCGGCCCAAUAACUAUAGCACCUUUUAUGAUGACCAGCGACAAAACUGGUCCAUCAUGUUUGAGUCGGAAAAGGCUGCUGUGGAGUUCAAUAAACAGGUGUGCAUUGCCAAGUGCAAUAGCACCCCUUCCCUUGAUCUAGUGCUCUCCCAGGACCUCAUUGUGGCAGAGGGCCCUGCUGUAGAAGUUGGAGAUUCUUUGGAAGUGGCCUAUACUGGCUGGCUCUUUCAGAAUCAUGUGCUGGGCCAGGUUUUUGACUCCACUGCUAACAAAGAUAAACUGCUUCGCCUGAAAUUAGGAUCAGGAAAAGUCAUCAAGAGCUGGGAGGAUGGAAUGCUGGGCAUGAGAAAAGGAGGGAAGCGGUUGCUUGUCAUCCCCCCGGCCUGUGCUGCUGGCUCGGAAGGGGUAAUAGGCUGGACUCAAGCAGUGGACUCUAUCCUGGUGUUCGAGGUGGAGGUCAGGCGGAGUCCUGAUACAGUCAAGGCCAAGUUGAUCUCUCGGAUGGCUAAAAUGGGCCAGCCCAUGCUGCCCAUCCUUCCACCACAGCUGGAUUCCAAUGACUCAGAAAUUGAAGAUGUGAAUGCUCUGCGAGGAGUCGGGCAGCCCAUGGUGACUCCGUCCGUCCAGCCCUCUCUUCAGCCAGCCCAUCCAGUGUUACCACAGAUGACCUCACAGGCACCUCAGCCACCUGUUUCUGGGCUCCAGGCUCCUUCUGCUGCCUUAAUGCAAGUUGCAUCUCUCGAUUCCCACUCAGCUGUAUCUGGAAAUGCCCAGUCCUUUCAGCCCUAUGCAGGUCUGCAAGCCUACGCUUAUCCCCAGGCAUCAACCGUCAACUCCCAGCUGCAGCCUGUUCGGCCCUUGUACCCAGCAGCACUCUCCCAGCCUCCCCAUUUUCAAGGAUCAGGUGACGUGGCUUCAUUUCUCAUGACUGAAGCCCGGCAACAUAACACUGAAAUUCGAAUGGCAGUCAGCAAAGUGGCUGAUAAAAUGGAUCAUCUCAUGACGAAGGUUGAAGAGUUACAGAAACACAGUGCUGGUAAUUCCAUGCUUAUUCCUAGCAUGUCAGUUACAAUGGAAACAAGCAUGAUUAUGAGCAACAUCCAGCGAAUCAUUCAGGAAAAUGAGAGAUUGAAGCAAGAGAUCAUUGAAAAGAGCGGUCGGAUAGAAGAGCAGAAUGACAAGAUUAGCGAACUAAUUGAAAGAAAUCAGAGAUAUGUUGAGCAGAGUAACCUGAUGAUGGAGAAGAGGAACAACUCCCUUCAAACAGCCACAGAAAACACACAGGCAAGAGUAUUGCAUGCUGAACAAGAGAAGGCCAAGGUGACAGAGGAGUUAGCAGCAGCCACCGCACAGGUCUCUCAUCUGCAACUGAAAAUAACUGCUCACCAGAAGAAGGAAACAGAGCUGCAGAUGCAGCUGACAGAAAGCUUGAAGGAGACAGACCUUCUCAGGGGCCAACUCACCAAACUGCAGGCAAAGCUCUCAGAGCUCGAAGAAACCUCUGAGCAAGCACAGUCCAAAUUCAAAAGUGAAAAGCAGAGCCGGAGACAGCUGGAACUCAAGUUAACAUCCCUGGAGGAGGAACUGACCGACCUUCGAACUGAGAAGGAAUCCCUGGAAAAGAACCUUUCAGAAAGGAAAAAGAAGUCAGCUCAAGAUCGUUGUCAGGCUGAGGAGGAGAUAGAUGAAAUUCGCAAGUCAUACCAGGAGGAACUGGACAAACUUCGACAGCUCUUGAAAAAGACUCGGGUGUCCACAGACCAAGCAGCUGCAGAGCAGCUGUCUUUAGUGCAGGCUGAGCUACAGACCCAGUGGGAAGCAAAAUGUGAACAUUUGUUGGCCUCUGCCAAGGAUGAGCACCUGCAACAGUACCAGGAGGUGUGUGCACAGAGAGAUGCCAACCAGCAGAAGCUGAUACAACUUCAGGAAAAGUGUUCGGCCCUCCAGGGCCAAGUCACAGCCCUCACAGAGCAAAAUGAACAGCACAUUAAGGAAUUGGAGGAGAACAAGUCCCAGACAUCUGGGGUCGAAGCUGCUACUACUGAUGCCUCAGAGAAGGUCAAGAAGAUCAUGAACCAGGUGUUCCAGUCUUUGCGGAGAGAGUUUGAGCUGGAAGAGUCUUACGAUGGCAGGACCAUUCUGGGGACCAUCAUGAACACGAUCAAGAUGGUGACUCUUCAGCUGUUAAACCACCAAGAGCGAGAGAAGGGAGACAGCAGCAGUGAAGAAGAGGAAGAGGAGCAGCCGCAGAGCCCUUCCCAGGAGCAGUCAGCCACAGACAAUUCUGCGCUGCCUCAGGCACCCCUGGAUAGGGAGAGGCAAGAGCCCCCCGUGGUGCCAUCAGAGCAGGUAGUGGAGGAAGCUGUCCCGCUGUCCCCUCGGGCCUUCCCCACUCCCCAGGAUGAUGCACAGAGAAGGGAAGGGGGGCCCUCAGAAGCAGAGGUGCUCUCAGAGCUGCAAGAUGGUUCCCUCCCACCCGACCUGGCUUGCAUCCCAUCCCACAGAGUUCUGGGGCCCCCAACUUCGAUUCCACCUAAGCCUCCUGGCCCUGUAACUAUGGACUCUGAGUGUGAGGAGACACUUGCCGCCAGCCCACUGGCAUCUAAGCCCGAUAGCUCACUGGGAAACGUCUGUGUCAGGGAAUUGACCCCAGAGGGCCCACUGCAAGAAAGCUCCACGGGACUGUCCCUGACUUCAGACCCCGAGAAGGGGGACCCACUGGCCAUAGGGCUGCCUGAAAGCCCAGGAGGAGAGCUUCAGCCCCCAGAGCUUAAUAAAGAUGAGGAUGUCACUAGCUCUACUGGUCCCUCCGAGCAGCUAUCAAGCACAGAGGCAGGAUCUGCAGCUGCAGGAGCAGCCCUCAGCCCCAGCCAUCGUUCUCAGCGUUCCAGUCUCUCUGAGGAUGAAGAAGAUGAGCUGUUUAAAGGGGCGACUCUGAAAGUUCCAAGGCCUAAAGCACAGCCUGAAGAGGAGGAUGAAGAUGAGGUGAGCAUGAAGGGACGCCCGCCCCCAACACCCCUUUUUGGAGAUGAUGAUGAUGACGAUGACAUUGACUGGCUGGGAUGAAGACCCAGGAAACUGGUGCAAAGAUUUCUCUACGACCCUUCCCUAAGCAUGAUUUUGCACAGCCAACCCUGGGUGUAGGUGAGCCACAGGGGAGGUCAAGGUGAGCAUUCUGGGGACAGUAGUUCAGGCAUCUGAGUUAGCCACCUUCUGAGCCCCCUGUCCCACCUGGUGAAGAGGAGCAUGACCCUGUCUUCAGAAGCGAGCUGGAGAAAGGACUGGUAGGUUCCCCUCCAGCCAGUCACCUGCAAGAUUCCUGCCCUCUUCCAAGCUUUUUAUUCUCUUCAUAACUCUGAGACUGACCUGGGAGCCCCCCUCUGCCUGCCUCCCAGUGCUCAACUGCCUCAGCAACAAGACCUGUCACCUGCACUGAGGUCUCCCUGAUAGAACGAAGGGGAGAUGACACCAUCUAAGUCCCAGUGCAGUUAACAGCCUGGUCUGCAGUCCUGGGACCUGUAUCUUUUUCUCUGCCUUAAAUCUGAUACAAGAGGUCAAUGAAUAUUUGCAAUUAAAACUAAAAUAAAUGUCUGUAAUGAAACUUGA